UUUUGUGUAGCAAACGAAAACCAGUACAGUAGUCGCUAGACUAUCACCUCUACUCAAUUUACCCAGGCUAUGGCUAUUCUAGGAACACAACCCCAAAAACAUCUCUAAACAUCAACAAUGGGUCAACUUCUCAGUUGUUGCCCGCGCCGUGGCGCGACUGAGGCUUCCGCGAAGGUCACUCCUGCCAAACCCGGAGUUCUAGACCGGUCUGAUGACCUCUCGAAUAUUGCGGUCGCCGGACCACCCAUAACGGCCACGGCGGUUCUCUCCGAGGUCCCCUCCGAUGUGGACAAACAGAAGGACUUGGAGAGAAUUCAGCUCACCACCGCGUCUACGACCGUUUCUGAUGUAGAGCUGCCGGACGUCCUAUCCAGGAAAAAACACCCAGUUCCAUCCAAUUUGUUAUGCAGAACAUGCAUAAGCUUAAGCUGCAGUGUUUGUCAUGCAAAAAAUGGAUGGGUAUGGGUGUUUUUUCCUGGAUACGUCCCUGUCGAGAAGCAAUUCAUUCCGCCCCCAGCCACUUUCCUCGACCUCCCGCCGGAACUCCUCAUGACGAUCUCCGAGUUCAUUUCGAAGAACAAACGAUCGCUCUGUGUGAUUUCAAAGUCGUUUUUCAAGAACGCGAAUUUCACCGCCUUUCCGAGGAACGAACUGAUUUUGGAAGCGUGUCGCCGGGGAUACGCGGCGUGGCUAAAUUUGGUUCUGGUGGACGAGGAGAAUGUUGCAACAAUUGUGGAUGAAAACGAUAAAACGGCUACAUUCCUUCCAGUCAUCCCUGAACAACUGUUAGAAAAACUUUCCUCCAUCUACGACCGCUGUAAGAUGACGAUUUUUCACCACUCCGUUGAGUCCGGAAACGCGGAGACGGUGAAAUUCUGGAUCGAUUUGUUUUCCAAAACAGCGAACCCAAAUCUGGAAUUGUUGGAAAAAUUGCUAAACUCCCAAGACGUGUGGAAGUGCGUUCCGAUGCACCGGUGCCGAACCGCGGAGAUCGCGACAUUGCUAACCACGGUGAAAGCAACAGAUCCACAGAACAAAAGCAAGGAAAUCAAGAUCAAACCCAAGCUGAACCUCGUGACCCGGGCGGAUGUGAAGGACACGCUCAUUCAAGCGGGGGAUUCCGUGGGUCAUGUUGCAGUCCGGUAUGAUAAACCAGAAAUGCUCCAGGCAUUAAUCGACCAGAUGAAGCAGACCGGCUUGGAUUUGAACAUCAGCAAUCGAAACGGGGACUCUCCUUUGGACAUCGCGGUCGAUCUGAAAAUGCCGGCUUGUAUCCUGUGCAAAAGUAUCGUACUCGUAUUGCAGUCAUGCAUUUACAAAUCUUUUUCUCAGCGUAAAUCUGCAUUACAAAUUUUAUUUCGCAUGCUGAGGAAAUUUGUCAUGCAUUUAUACGAGUGCGAUACUUUUGCAAUGCAUAGCUUGCGGAUCCUUACUAGUGAAAGCAAACGCAAGCCGUGCGCAAUGGUCCGCGCGGAAAAUGACCUGGUACCAGGUAUGGCCUGCUCAAACGUUACAAUCUCAAACGUUACAAUAGAAUCUGAGAUUUGUCUUGCAUGAUGGACAUGACAGACUCGCAGACCAUUCCACUUUCUGCAAUACAAAUUUCGCCAGAUUGUAGUGCGCAUUGGGACUCCAGAACUUGUCAUGCGCAAUCCUAUGAGAGUUGGCUAGAUCAUGCACUCUUGCAUCACAGAUUUCAAUAUUCUAUUGUAACGCUUGAGAUUGUAACACCUGAGCGGGUUAUACCAGGCAGUAGAGACGAAAAUGGUGUUUGUAGUGGAGUUAUCAAACGUAAAAAUGUCUGGGUCUGGAAGAAUGGAACUUGUGCUGCUAAAUCUGAAUAAUCCAAAAAUCUGUGUUGCGUAAGUGCCAAAAGCUGUCCGCUUUUGACCAAGUUGGGAGGGAGUUUCUCGUGCAGGAAAGGCAUGACAGAAACCUCAAAGAAUCUGUCAUGCUGGGUCUCGCAUUGCAGACCUCAUGGGUCAUGGAAAACCUGCAUCACAAAUCUUGCAUUCUUCCAGACCCAGACAUUUUUGCAUUUGAUAGGAGUACAUGAAAACGAAGGGUCUAGCAGCUCCCGGCGGGGUGAACUUCCAGCAAAACAACAGCACGGGGGCUCCUGGGGGGACGGGAUUAUCAGGACAUCAGGGAACAAACAACAGCGAAACGGGGGAAGCGGCGCUGCAUUUGGCGUGUAGCUCGUUUUCUAGUGAAGACGGUAGUCUCGUCGUCCCACUGGUCGCGGGAACUACAGGGGUGCAGCACACAGCUGUGCACCCGAUAAAAGCAAUAGACACCGGCGUCCUCGUCCUAGACCCCGAGAUCUGCAAAAUCCUGUUGGAUUCCAAAGCGGACGCAACUUUACGCGAUAAGUCCGGGCAAACGGCGCUGCACAAAGCGUGUGUCUCAAUGCGGAACGUGUUGGGCUGCAAGGAUGGUAUUAAGCACUGCCACAAAGAUCAUUCGCAAGAGGCUGCAAAUAAAAUGCGCGACAACGAGAAGAAGGUCUUACAAACCUGUGAUUUUUUGUUGAAAGCGAAUCCGCGGACUGUGGCGUACCAGGACAAUGAGAAGUGCUCCGCUUUGAUGCUAGCAGCAGGCUCUGGCAGCUUGGAGCUCUUGAAGUUACUGAUCAGCUACUGCAGUGCAACCAAUCUAGAGAGGGAAAGUAGCGGUGUCGCGGGAGCAGGAGCAACAUCAACAUCUACAUCAUCCACUCCAACAGCGCAUCAAUCCGAUUUAUCGCCCUCGAAACUACCGCAAAACAGCAGGUCGCAAGACCCGGAGAAGUUGAUUCUCGAGUCCCGGGACGUGCAGAAAAGGAAUUUGCUCCACUACGCCUGCACGUUCGACAAUGUGGAAGUGGUGAAAUUUCUCAUGGAAAACUACAUUUUGAACGAAACAGAACAUCCUCAAAACACGACGCCCACAUCAAGUACAAAUUCAAUCAAAAACCGAAAAUUACUGACCACCGCCGUGGACGAACGAGAGCGGAUUCCCUUCAUGACGGCCAUCGUCUCCCGGGCGAGAAAUGUUUUACAGUAUUUCCUCGAAUUAGAAAAGCAGAGACCAACCACAUCGCUCAUCACAAAACAAGUGGAUCAGCAGCUUCAGACACCACUGAUGCUGGCUUGCGGCGACGCGGAAUUGGUGGAAAUUUUGCUGAAGGACGAAGAAAUUAUGAACUCCGAGAUGAUCGAGGAAGUCGACUGGGAGGGCAGAAACGCGUGUCAUAUUUCUUGCCAGUUGGGAGAUGUGGAGUCGUUGCGAUUGCUGACGGAGGUCAUGGAUCGGAAGUACAGUGAUGAGAGCGAAAAUGUAGCGGGAUCCGAGCUUCUACUGAAUAACACAAUGGACUGGGGCUGGACCUGCUUGAUGCUGGCCUGUGACAAAGGCAGCUUGGAGUGCAUCGAGUUUCUGUUGCAGACAGGGAAAGAAAAAGAUGUUGACAUGGCAGCACCAGCAUCAGAAACUUCUUCUACGUCAAAGAUUUUAAACCAACUCAAUGCCCGGCGGUCCGACGGCUGCACGGCGAUGUUGGUUCUCGGGAAAACGGAUCAGAUUUCUAUCAAAUGCAAAAAUGUCUGGGUCUGGAAACUUGUGAUGCUGCAUUGCGCAUGAUUGAAGCGCUUCCAAUGGCAGCCAAGCAUGACAAGUUUUUGAGAGGCCUUCUGAUGCCUAGCAGGUAUUACAAAUUGCGUUUUUGCAUGACAAAGAAAGCCUCUCUUUUGCUGCUCAUGCAACACAGAUUUUCCAGGAAUGCAUGACACGCAUUACAAGCUCACUUUUCCAGACCCAGACAUUUUUACAUUUGAUAAUUUCCACCGGAGACCAACUUGUCCAGAUCUGGGAAAAGAUUUUACUACAGGCAGAGGAUAAAAACCAGAAACCAGUUUCGGAUUUGAUUCUCUUCCAACUCACCCACGAUAAAGAAUCUUCCUCCUCCCGAACCUUACUCCAUUUUGUCGCGCAGAACCCGCAUAUAGAAGUGAACAGCUGUCAUACCGCGCUGGACUUUUUGCUCGCAAAAGGUGCGGAUGUGAACGCAAAAGACUCCGUGAACUGGACGGCUUUGCAUUACUGCUGUCAGAAGGGGGAUUUGCUGUCUGUCGAAGUGUUAUUCAAAUACAACGCGGUCGAUUCGGAAGAUGACGUCGGGGUGUCCGCCAGGAGUCUGGCGGAAAAAUGCGGGCAUCACCAUUUACUGAACGCGUUUCCCGGCAAUGUGAACUACACGCUGAAUGCCACGGGGGGCAGCUUGGGCGGAAACAGUUUAGGAAGUGGGAGCUCGCCGAUGCGGGCGUGA